UUGUUUGUGUAAACACCUUUGAUGUUUUGAUAUAUUAUUUCUUUCUUAUCUUUCGAUACAGAAUUUAUCAUAAUGAGAACAACAGAGCUAAGAUGUGCACAGAACAUAGGUGCACAGUUCCGUGCUCUCUGGCUUAUACAGGGCAGGAGACGCGUGGCUGACACAGGUGCAGAAGCAAUUUUGGCGUCAAAAGGAAUAAAAGCUCUCGACCCCAAAGAAAUUUUUUCACCACCCUAUCACAAAGAAAGGAAGAUGGUAGACCUUCCACCUCUGCCAGGUCAGCAGGUGAUGGAACCCAACGAACAGCCAUGCUAUGUCUUUAACAACAUGUUUUCUCCAGUAGCAGUUGUACCUCAGGUACAGCUUCUAACCAACUCCAUUGUGCAGACAUCCCUGCCUGAUUCCAUCUUGGGAAAUGCUGUUGACAACACUGCUGAGGAGGAUGAAAGAGUUAAGGAAGCCAUCUUACAUGCACACCUCCUAGACUCAUACCAGGAGAAGUUGCCAAGGGUGCUGGACGUGAUUAAUAACCCAGGCUGGAAGUUCAAGAGAGAGUAUGGGAUUCCCUUGAAGAGAAAGAAUAAGAGCCUGACAUACCAACUGCUGCUGCUGCUCGACCAGAUCUUUCCCGAAGGCGCAUCUCGUCACCUGGUGGAGGACACGCUGACACAGGUCACACUCAACCACGCAGAUCGUUUGAUGCAGUUGAAACUUAGAGCAGCUUUCAUCCUUUCCUCGCCCAAACCUCUUAGCGCGUUAGUCGGUCCGUCUGAGGUGAGGUCGCUCGAUGGCCAGCCUCUGCCUGAUAUAUAUCCUUUGUCUCCAUUCAUCAACUGCAAGCUCUGGAAAAACUACUCUCUCAAUGAUGCUUAUGGUGUUGGCUCGAGCCGAGUCCAUCUUCACACCAUCUUCAUUCACCACAAUGAGCCGCGAAUGAGAGGCAAGGAGGAGCAUUUCCAAGCCCUCUCUCUCCUUCAUGGCUUUGCUCAUGCAGCUUCCUAUGCUAAGCAUUUUGGCAAGACUUCCGACGAAGACCUCACUGCACAGCCUGUAGUAGUCCAAGUGGUACACACGAAUGGCUGCCAGUACCACAUAAGCGCCUUCCAGCUGAAUACCCUGAAUCUCACAGGCCCCGCAAAGAACAUCUUCUGGACCCAGCCGUGGGAGACUCUGUUUAGUUCAUGCUCUUACCGUGCAGCAAAGCCCACACUUGAAGGAUACAACCCUAGGGUAUUUAGUCUCUUGAAAGGGGUGUAUGCUAAUGCGUGAUAAGAUGUUUUAAGAUUUGUAAAAAGAAAAAAAAUGUAAUUGGUAAAGUGUUUAGAAAGAAAAUAUGUGUAAAUAAA